AUGUUGCCACCUGUUAGUGAAAACCGUAACGCAGAUAAUGCUGAGCUUCGGUUGAAAGUGUGUGUUCUCCUUCACCAGCCUCUUGAAGCAGUAGCGAUCGGAUUAACAGGUUUUGGAAACAAUGAAACACUUGCUCUUCCUCAAGUCAAGGAUUUGCAGAACAACAACCAAGUUAAACACCGGCGGUGA